AUGGCCUCCUCUCGUGUCUUUGCCUCUCGCCUGGCCUCCCAGAUGGCCGCAACCACCAAGGUUGCCCGCCCGGCCGCCCGUUUCGCUGCCCCCAAGCGUACCUUCACCACCCAGCGCAAGACCGCUAUCCCCAUGACCCCCUUCCAGACCGUCAAGCGCCAGCAGCCUUCCAUGAUCCAGGCCAACGCUCGCCAGGUCUUCGCCAACGUCCAGGCCCGCCGCCAGUACUCCUCUGAGAUCGCCGACGCCAUGGUCCAGGUCUCCCAGAACAUGGGUAUGGGUUCCGCCGCCAUUGGUCUUGGUGGUGCCGGUAUCGGUAUCGGUCUCGUCUUCGGUGCCCUCCUCCUCGGUGUCUCCCGCAACCCUGCCCUCCGUGGCCAGCUCUUCUCCUACGCCAUUCUUGGUUUCGCCUUCGUCGAAGCCAUUGGUCUGUUCGACCUGAUGGUUGCUAUGAUGUGCAAGUACGUUUAA